AUGGCGACUAGUUCUCCUGCCAACUCAUUGCCCAGCGACUUUGAAUGGGGCUUUGCCACCGCUGCCUAUCAGAUUGAAGGGGCUUUUGAUGAAGGUGGUCGCGGAAAGUCAAUCUGGGAUACUUUCUGCCACCUGGAGCCAACAAGAACAAAGGGUGCCAACGGUGAUAUUGCAUGCGACCACUACCAUCGGUAUGAGGAGGACUUUGAUCUUCUAUCCAAGUAUGGCGCGAAGGCAUAUCGGUUUUCCAUCUCUUGGACGCGUAUCAUCCCGAUGGGCGGCAGAGAUGAUGAGAUAAAUGAAGAGGGAGUUGCAUUCUACAAUCGUCUUAUUGACGCUCUGCUUGCAAGAGGUAUCACACCUUGGGUGACACUCUAUCAUUGGGAUCUGCCUCAAGCUCUUCAUGACAGAUAUGGAGGUUGGCUGAAUGUCGAGCAGUCUCAGAGGGACUUUGAGAGGUAUGCCAAGGUGUGCUAUGAGCGAUUCGGAGAUCGGGUCAAGAACUGGAUUACAUUGAAUGAACCGUGGAUUGUUUCCAUCUUUGGCUAUUCUACUGGUGGAAAUGCUCCUGGAAGAAGCAGCAUCAAUCCUCAGUCUACGGAGGGCAACUCUGCGACGGAGCCUUGGACCGUCGGCAAGGCUCUUAUCAUGAGCCACGCCCGCGCGGUGGCUCUUUAUAACAAGGAGUUCCGAGCAGCACAAAAUGGGAGAAUUGGAAUUUCCUUAAAUGGAGAUUACUAUGAGCCAUGGGACAUGGAAGAUGAGCGUGAUCAUGAGGCUGCUGAGCGACGUAUGGAGUUUCAUAUCGGAUGGUUUGCCAAUCCAGUGUGCCUCGCACAAGAUUACCCCAAGUGCAUGAGAGAGCAGCUUGGUGACCGUCUGCCUGAAUUCACAGAGACUGAGUUUGGUCUUCUUCGAGAAGCGGAGAUCGACUUCUACGGAAUGAACUACUACACUUCUCAGUUUGCGCGCCACCGUGACGGCCCGGCAUCCGAGACCGACUGUCUCGGGAAUGUGGAGGAAUUUCAAGAAAACAAACAUGGUCUGUCUGUUGGAGAGCCGUCCGGCGUUCACUGGCUGCGCUCAACCCCUAACCUGUUCCGAAAACACUUGACUCGGGUUUACCGUAAAUACGGAAAGCCUAUUUAUAUCACUGAAAAUGGAUGUCCUUGUCCUGGAGAAGACAAGAUGACGGUCGAAGAAGCAGUUAAUGAUGUGUAUCGCAUCCGCUACUUCGAAGACCACAUCAAUGCCGUUGCCUUAGCACGCAACGAGGAUGGCUCUGAUAUCACAGGAUAUUUUGCCUGGUCCCUAAUGGACAACCUAGAAUGGUCCGAUGGUUACGGAGUUCGCUUUGGCGUCACUUUCACCGACUACAACACACUGGAAAGAACCCCAAAACAGUCUGCAUUGCUCCUUAAGGGGAUGUUUGACAAGUACAUGGUUCCUACAAAUUAG